CCCGGGUCUCUCCUCCUCUUCCCACGCAGUCGUCGCUCUCUUUCGCUCCCCGGGUCAGGGGCUGAAGGACGAGGGGGCGGAGUUAUAAUCAGCUGGCGGGGCCACGCCCACGUCCUUACGUCUCGGCCCGAGGGACCUGCAUCCGCGCGUACCGGCAGGAAGCUUCGGGAGACUGCUAGGAGCAUGGACGAGGCCGCAGAUUGGCUCGUGGACUCUCUCCGCUUGUACCGCGAUCUCCAUGCAUUUGAGCUGCAGGGGCCUACCAGAGUCCUGGAGUGUACUGAUAACCAAGGAGUUUAUGUUGCCGGCUGUGAAAGUCAGAAAAGAAAUGAAUUAUUGCAUCUUCUUUUACCUCCCAAACUGUGUGCUGAAAACCAGGGCUUAUGUCCAGAAAGAGAUUUCAGGGUAAAGCAUGGGGGAUUUUCAGACAAGCCAAUCUACAACCUGAAGCAUGUGCCAGAGACCAGGUUGCUGGUAACAAGUGGCCCACCCAGCAAUUCUCUACAGGUGUGGCAUGUUGCAGAAGAUAGCGACAUGAUUAAAGCUGUUAGUACCAUUGCUGUACAAGGAGCCAAAAGUAGCCUCUGGCCCAAGAUCGCAGUCCUUGUCUCUAAGGGGUCCAGUGUCCUCCAUGGGGCCAGGGUCAGUGAUCUUCACAUUACUGAGCUAGAGUCCCAGAAGACUUUCUGCAUGUCAGGUGGGAGUGACAGUGAAGAAGAAAUAAGCAGUCUGCAGGUGUUGGAUGCAGAUACAUUUUUCUUCUGCUGUGCUUCAGGACGACUUGGGGUUGUGGACAUCCGCCAGAAGCUGGGUGACUCCAAGGGAGCCACCUGGAGCCCUGGACCUGGUGGAGAGUGGUGGUGUGCUGCAGUUCAGACUGGUGGGCAGGGGCCUGGCCCCACCAUUGCCAGUCUGUCCUCAAAUGGGCAGCUUCAGCUCAAAGACCUAAGGGACCUUGACCAUCCAGUGACAACAGUGCAGUGUCCAGUUUCAAUGCCCAGCCCAAACUGGGAGUUGCUGAGGGUAACCUGGGCUCCUUCUCUAGAUGGCUGCUUAGCCAUUUCAGGUUUUGAUGGGACUGUCCAUAUCUAUGAUACCACAUCCUGGAAGACAAAUGGGAGCCGUGUAGAACCACUCUUUGUCCAUAAAGGACAUCUUUUCAUGGAUGGGAAUGAGAAGGAUAUGCUUUCACUGGUCACCACUCAUACCUGGCACCCCAGCAAACCAAGGACAUUGUUGUCUGCAGCAGUUGAUGCAUCUUUGCAUGUGUGGGAUUGGAUGGAUCCUUGUAGCUACUGUUGACCCACUCAAAGGAAGGAACAGGCCCAAACAUUCCCAUGUUAUUUGUGUGUAUUCACUUCCUGUGUUGUAGAGAUUAAAAUGAAAGACCUGUGAACCUCAUCUCUGCAUGUAAUGGGCAAGUAUGUUAAGAUCCUGUCUGGCAGCUAUGAGGGAAGGAAAUGGUUUAUUUUCCUUUAAAUUAAGACAGAGGACAGGGGUUUACAAAGCAUUACAAGGAAAACAGAGACUCAGAACCCACUAUCUGUGCAUCCCUGUCCUUUGGCCUAACGAAGACCAUUAUUAGCAUGCUGUGGGAAGUAUACAGUGAUUGAAUGUAAAUUCUUGUACAGUAGUCAUUUCAUGACAAUAUGUUAGUAGGUCUGAAAGAGUAGUGGUCUUAUCCAUCUAUCAGGUGCCACCAUUCCUCUCUCCUCCCCCACCCCAGGCCCCUGGUAGGAACAACCCUACAAUACCCUCUCUUCAUCAUAUGCCCAUCCUAUGACUUGCCAGGAUGCCCCAGCCUAGGUCAGGUACUUAUCAUUUAACCCCGAUAUUACCUGCUUGGAUGGUGCUUUUGGUAAUAAGCUGCUCUUGUCAUAUUAUUCUUGCUACUUUGAAAGCUCUGUGAUUUCAUUGGUGUGGGUACUUCUGCCUCUGAUCACAGCUGUCUUGGCCAUUUAUUCUGUGUAAUUAAUCCUUGUCCAUAUUUUCUCUAAUAUGUCCCACAGAGGCUCUAAAAUGUAGAAAGCCUUCCUCUUUAUAUUUCAAAGAUUAUCAGUAUGCCAUUUGGCACUUUUGUGCUCUUUCUUAUUUUCCUUUCUCUGUGUGACCACCCCACCUCUACUUAUAUCUUUAUCAUAUCUUGCAUGCCAUUUUUGUAUAUAAAUUAUGGUUAAUAAGUAACUGAAGCUUAUGCCUACAAUGUGUCUUUCUGUUUUCCUAAUUGUAGUUAUUCUGAGAUUUUUUUUUCAGUCUGCAAAGUUUCUCUCCUCAUGGACUUGAGAAAUUUUUCUGUGUGAAGGAAAUUUCAUUUUUGAAUGUUUGUGAAUAUACUAGUAGCUCUGAAAGAUUUUUGGUUUUUGAGAAAUUCAAAUUGCUUAAUUCGCCAACCUUUAAGAUUAAUUAUGGGAAUCUGCAUUUAUUUCAUUCUCUUUAGAUUUUCCUGAUCUUGGGGUUUUUUUUGUCUAGAUGACUCUUUUUUUUUCUGCAGGGCAAUGAGGGUUAAGUGACUUGUCCAGGGUCACACAGCUAGUAAGUGUCAAGUGUCUGAGGCUGGAUUUGAAAUCAGGUCCUCCUGGUGGUGCUUUAUCCACUGUGCCACCUAGCUACCUCCCUAGAUGACUCCUAAUAGGAAUAAUCUUUAGGGAGAACCAACCCCUAAAAAUCCCAAGGAAAAAAAACUUUUAGGGAAAUAAUAGCAUAUUGGUCACACUUCUAACUAGCCUCAAGCCUCUUACAGUUUACUGUGAAUACGUGAGACAUAAUUGUUGACUAGAGAAAAAAAUUCUCUGGGCUGUGGAUUUUCCCAUUCAUUUUGACCAUUCCUUUUAUCCCAAGUUCUUUGUUCUUUUCACUGCAGAAUUCCCUAUGUGAUUAUUAUUCCUUAAAGAUCACAACUAGGGUUGCCAUGUUGCCAGACACUCAAAUACUUUUUUUUUUCUUAGUGAGGCAAUUGGGAUUAAGUGACUUGCCCAGGGUCACACAGCUAGUAAGUGUUAAGUGUCUGAGGCCGGAUUUGAACUCAGAUACUCCUGACUCCAGGGCCGUUGCUCUAUCCACUGCGCUACCUAGCCGCCCCUCAAAUACUUUUUGAUUGGAUCUCCUCCUUUAUGCCAGUGCCUCUCAACAUACCCAUAUCAAACUGCUUACCAUCUUGGAGUGGGGGAAGAGAGGGAGGGAAUUUGGAACUUAGAAUUUUACAAAAAAUAAAUUUUUUUUUUUUAAAAAGGAAAUACUGGCCGCCUUGCAUUAGAUAGAGGGCAACUUACCCUCUUUAGAAGUUUUCCUUCUUGUGUUCCUGCCCAUCCUGAUGUGGAAAGAUACUUCAAGGGUAUGCUUAAUUGUGUUUUUCCAUGUUUAUUGGACAUGCCUCCUCAUUCCUUCAGUUAUGUUUGGACAAUGUGAUUUAAUUUCCUUUCCAAGCAAUUGGUAGCAUAGUUCUAUCCACCCAGUGGAUAAAAUACUGCAUAUAAGUACAAAUUCUGUCUCAGAUACUUACUAGCUGUGUGACCCUAGGCAAGAUACCCUUUUUAAACCCCAGUUAUCUCAUUUCUAAAAUAAAAGGGUUGGACUAAAUGCCCUGUAAGGGCCCUUCCAAUUCUAACUCUAUUAGCCUUUGUUCCCUCCUUUUUUGCUGUCUGACUUUAUGUGGCACAUUCGUUGUUGUCUUGAGGUGAUGAAGGAGAACUGGGCAUCAUUAACACCAACUUACUCUGCCAUCUCACUAGAAUCAUCUCAUUUCUGCUAUCAUCACCCAAGGAUAAAAGAGAAGCAGCCUUGUGCUGUGAUGGGAUAAUCAGGACCUUGAAGUCAGAGGACUUGUGUUCAAGACCCAACUCUACCACUUGCUGUGUGGUCUUGAACUUUUGUUUCCUCAUCUGUGAAAUGAAGCAUAUAUAGUGACAUUCAUAAUACCUUCAUUUAAUAGCAUGUGAAAAUUUUAAAAAUAGAUUUUAUUGACACUGUUUUUAUAAUCUGUUUUCUACCUCCUCAAUUCUAGAGAGCUGUUCCUUGUAACAAUUUUUUAAAAGAAAAAGAGGAAAAGGAAAAAUGAAGAAAGUCUGAUCAAUACAUUGAAAAAAAUUGUUAUAUGCUAAGAGAAAUGAUUAUUAAUAACCAAUAUCUUGCAGAGAUUCAUAGCUCUCCCUUUCUUCCAAAGUUCUGAUUUUAAGUUCAGUUUCUUGAAGGACUGAUAAUCUUGCUUGAAGUUACUGAUAAUGAGAUUGAAUGAACUCUCCUUGAUCCUGGCCAGACCCUACCCAACCUUACAAGGAUUUUGUUUGUCCUUCAUUCUAGAAGAGGACCAUGACACGGGGGUGAUGUCAUGACUUGCAGUGAAUUGGAUUUAAGUGAGGGAGGGCUGUGCAAGGUCACCAACUUCACUCUCUCCUUC